CAGAUGCCCCACUGGGAUGGGAACGCGAAUAUCUAGUUGCUUAAGCGUUUUCAGUACAUCAAUGUCUCCUGUCCGAAACUGCGGUCCUGGAUUGGGUUCGCGAUCGACCCACAGGAGAUCAUCUGGGACUGAUCGGAUCGCUCCGGUCAUUCCGGCAAGAUGGAGAUACUCGAGGGGAUCGACCACGUCAGCAGCGUCAGAGGAAGAAGCUCCUGAGGUUGAUGCUAUUAUUGCUGAAGAGGAAGGCUGUUCUGGGGCACAUGCUUCAAAGUCUCCCAAUCUACCCAUGUAUGCUUUCGAAACCAGUCGUGCGAUGUAUUGCGGAGUAGUAAGGCCGUGGGAGAAGACGAUUGCGCAGGAGCUCGGAGUAGAUCUAACGAUCAUGGCGCACGCUGGCAAGUACGCGGACGAGCUCAUCGCCACGGCGAAGAAAAUUGCGACCCCUGGGAGGGGUAUCCUCGCCGCUGACGAGAGCACGGGCACCAUCGGGAAGAGACUGGCCAGCAUCAACGUGGAGAAUGUGGAAUCCAACAGGAGGGCUCUGAGGGAGCUUCUCUUCACCGCUCCCGGGGCGAUGCAGUACAUCAGCGGCGUCAUUCUUGCGCUCUUUGAGCCACGCCGUGGUCAGCCUAUCGAUCCGAGCGUUUACUUUGAAGAUCCAGACUCCAUUUUCCAUGACGAAUUCACCAUGUUUCAGGUUCUCUGGGAAGAUGUCGUCUUCGUAGCACUUUGCGAUGAGGAACAUGAUUCGGUCUUCUUCGGAUACUGGAACUUCGUUUGCCUCUGGUCGCUCUUGACGAUUGGCUUGAUCCAUGACCCUGGCGGGAUGACGGUUGAUGGUCGCGUUGCACGAUUUAAAGUCAACGUGGCUAUUGACCGGGCAAAGGUUAAUUGGUUGAAGCAACAUACGGUGACGAUUAUAUUCCAGGAAGGGGCAAGAUUCCUACCGAAGAAGGUUAAAGAUUACAUUGUCCGUGCAUACGAAGAUGAGCGAGUACAGAAUGGCAAUUGUGAGGCUGACAUGUUCCAUCGAGGAAGAGUGAAAAUAGAGAGCGCAAACAUGGUAUCAUACGUGGCCAAGAAUCCAAUUAUUGCCUUGUGGAUGGGCGACUGCGGGAGCUCUGCCGGAGUUCAGGAAGAACUCUGGAGGCAAGGAACGACGAGGCGUGACCCUUGGAAAGAAGAGGUCAUGGCGCAGAAAAGAGCAAUGGCAGGGACCUCUGGACUUGCCUUGAGAAAGGGAGGGCAGAGGAGGGAACAAAGAAUCUUAAGGAACCUGGAGGAGUUGCCCAUUUACAGGACUGGAGACAGUCUGCGAGUUUUCCUGCGAGACCUUGAAGAGUACGCUUUCAGGAGAGAAUGGGGUGACAGGGGAAAAAUUGCGAAUGUGAGAGGAGCAGGAAUGUACAAGAGGAGGAUUGAAGGAGUGGUGGCAGGUUGCACAAGGUGGAGAGUAUGCAAGGUGAGACUAUGGAGGGACAUGGGGGAAUUCCCAAGGGAUGAUGUGGAGGAUGAUUUAAGGUUUGAUGGGACCAAUCUGGAAGACUUCGUUGAGAGCUUGCAGCUGGCCGCUGAGAGGGGCGAAUGGAGCGAGGAGGAAAAAAGGAAGCAGUUGAUCGCAAGAUCAGACAAAGGCGAAAAGGAGGAAGUAAGAGGAAUUGUGGAAGGGAGUCGAACCUGGAAAAGGAUAACGGCAGAAUUUUGGAUACCCUACACCCAGGCCAGGCAAGACGAGACAAGAAAGGAAAGGCUGCAAAAGAAGGGGGCGAUUGAGGGAGCUCUGCCGGAGUUCGGGAAGAACUCUGGAGGCAGGGAACAACGAGGCGGGUCGGCAAGGGGCAGUGCACGCCUCACAGGGUUUCGGUUGCCAUUGCGUUGCGUACUUCAGCGGCGUCGCACCGCCACUGUCUCAAGUGUGGUCGACGCGGCAAAACAAAAAGGGGUAUCGGCAGUUGCGCUCGUCACGUUGAGGCGCGCGGCGGUUCCGUACUUCAGCGGCGGUGGGCAGACGCUUCAAUCGGGGUGGAACAUCAGGUACACGAAGCUGGGUGGCGGUGGACGUUGUUUUUCAUGUUGGAAGAGCAUAAUGGAAGGUUGCGAUGGGGAUGGGCGUGCUUUACUGUCGACGACGGAGAAAACAGUUGUAGCGGCGGCUGCGGUUACGGUUGUCCGUCGAUUCCAAGUAGAGAGGGCGGUCGGGCGCAUGAAAGCAACGCUUUUGAGGCGGCGGCAGAGGCUUCUACUGCAGAGGGUGUUGGACGCCCCGGACUACAUUACCACUCCGGAGACCGUGGUUCAGCUGCGCGCUACAAUCGGGUGAGGUGUGCUUCCUCGCGCGACGCCACGUUGGUGGACGAGGCGGAGAGCUGGCGGGACUUGGGAGGAUUUGCGGGUGUGCGAUGACACGAAAAACACACCCCGCCACCUAUUCCUUCUCCGACACCCCCAAAGAAGACCUUGGUAGAUCGCCAUCCAUGCGUGGCGGCAAUGCCUCACAACACCAGCCGUUAAACAAAAUACAAAAUCGGAGGACCUACUGUACAACCGAAGGACCGCCGCAGGGCAUGACAGCAAUGAAUACCCUUCAUAGUC